AUUAAAACAAUUACAUCCCGAACCAUAACCCCUCCUGACCACUCACAAUUCGACAAUUGUAGGAAUCUGGAAUAGUUCAUCUUACAAACAUCCCCCUCUAAGCAACUAAGUGGUACAGCCCAGAGCGUACCACUCUUGACUCCUCCCCCCCCCUCUCCACGCGUCGCUAAUGCGCUCGGCCGCGCGUCUCCGACCCGUUCCGUCUCCCCCACCGUUCGCCCGCCACUGUUCGCGACAGCUCAGCUGGGUUCGCGCCGCGUCCUUAAGGAGCUUCUCUGAUGUGAGACUCACCUGCCUGACCGUGUCUGCCCAGUACCACCACCACCACCGCUGCCGCCGCCAGCCAGCCAGCCGAGCAUGCACCCCAGAAGAAGCGAGCCGUGAAACACAUGUGCGCGACUGUGGCAUGGUGCCGGACGGAAUUAUGCCUCACACGCUCGCACUGGCCACCAUGCUCAACGGAAAAUCCAUCCGGCACGGCACCGCGGAUGCCUCCGGGGUCCUGCGGCAGCCGCCGUCCUUCCGCCGGUCCGUGGACCCCGGUACCACACCGCCGCCACCGACGCACCGAGACCGGCGCUCCCUGGAUGGGAUCCCGCGACAGCCGCCGCUCCGGCGCCUAGCGGUAGACUCCCCCCCUGCUCCGGUAUUGGGGGUAGGAGGAGGGGUCCCGACGGGGCAACAGGUGGUCGAGAAGCGCCCCGGCGUGGUCCGGCACCCGUCCAUGAAGCGCCUGCUGGACUCGCGUGGGUUGCUCGCGAUACAAAAAUUCAGGCACGCGCGCGGAAAAGCCAAGGACGCCUCGGUCGGGGUCCUGCCGCAGCGGGCGGUGGAGGGGCGGGGCCCCGUGGAGCCCAUCAUCACGGGAGGAGGACCCAGAAAGCAGCAGCAGCAGCAGAAAAUCAGGCAUGUGGCGACGGGCAAUGGGAUGACUAUCCCCAUUGUAGCGGUCCCCGCCCACCCAGUGGACGUCGCGAAGACCCCCGCGGUGGCAUGGGGCAUCCAAGGAUCCCGGGACAUACUCGAACUGUCGACAGAUGAACCGGACGGGCCGGCCGCGGAUGCCCGCGUGGACUCCGAGGACCCGGCCGCAUCGACGGCGAAGUCGAAGGUUACGUCGGCGUCGGCGGCGGCGGCGGCAGCAACGGCGUCGGUGUUAACGACGGUGGCGGCGACGAUGACGACUACGGCAGCGGCGGCGACAACGGCGACGACGAUGGCGGAAAAAUUCCGCCGCGAGAAGGGGAAGGACGGCCGCGACGGGGUCUUUUCGAUUCAUACACUGGGCAGACAGCCGUCCACAGCCAGGAGGUCGGUAGACGCCUCGCUGGUCCUGAUGACGCCGGCGUCGCAACCCAAGCACAGACACGCGAGCGAGCACAGCAGGGACGCCCGAGAUGGGGUCUUCGCGCACAGGUUUGACCGGCGCUCGCUGGACGACUUGGGCAGCGUGGCGCUGCAGGCCGGUGGGCGGCCUGCGGCGAGCGCGACGGACGCCCGCGGGUCCUUGAAGCGCCGGCCGAGCAGGCACUCGCGAGCAGCGGGGGAGGACGACAACGGAUGCCCCGGGGUCCUGACGGCGCGCGAACCGCACAGGCACAGCAGCGUGGGCAGCCUCGGGGGCCUUAGCGAUUCGGACAGACACGCGAGCAGGAGUGAGCUGGACACCUCGGGGGAGCUGGUGUUCCAGGCUGGGGUCCUCGUGGGCGGCUACCUGCCAGCGCUCGUGGACAGACUCGUGCCGACGGGGGACUUCCCCACAGACAAGUCGCUUGCGUUCACCGUGCUGCUGUGUGGGCGUCUGUUUGCUCCGCCGCACGACCUCGCGGCGCUGCUGAGUGAGGCCAGCGACCGGCGGUGGCACUCAGAGGAGCUCAGAGACGAGGCGAAGCGGAGGAGGUUUGGCUGGCACAUGUCGGAGCUGCUCUCCGAGUGGCGCGACACGUUCCCACGUGACUUUGAGGAUCUGCGGGUCGCCCAGCUCCUCGCCGAGGUCUCCCGCAGGGUCGUGGGUCAUGCAGAGGAGGCUGACAGAUUCCACGUCCCUCUCGGAUGUCCCCCUGUGCCCCCCACGCCGGGCCUGCCGUGGGAGGUCCCUUCCCUCGACCGGCUCUCUCUCCACUGCAUCGCUGCGCCGGAUUCUGCGUCCUCGGCAUCGUCGGCACCAUCGGCAGAGCCGACCACCGCCAAGGUCGGUGCGUCGGGGGUGCUCUCGGUGGGCCCCUGCGGGACCUGGGACCUGGCGGCCACCUGCGCUGACCCCUACACGCUCGCGCAGCAGCUGACGGGCAUCGAACUGGAGCGGAUGAACGACAUUGGCCCCGAGGAGUUCAUGCAGGCCAUCAUGGCGGCCAGCAGCAGCAGCAAGCAGGCGGACGGCGAGGAGAAUAAGGGCCCUCCCAAAGUGCAGAGCCCCCCACUGGAGGUCUACGUGGACUGGUUCAACCGCCUCACCUACCUGGUGGCCACCGAGAUUUGCGUGCCCGGCAAGAAGAAGCAACGCGCGCGAGUGAUGGAGUUCUUCAUCGACGUCGCCCGCGAAUGUCUCAACCUAGGGAACUUCAACUCGCUCAUGGCCAUCAUCACCGGGAUGAACAUGAGUCCCGUGGCACGACUCAAGAAGACCUGGUCCCACGUCAACACCGACAAAUUCCAGAUCCUUGAGCACCACAUGGACCCCACGAGCAACUUCUGUAAUUACCGCACCGCCCUACGCGCCGCCGCUCAGCGGGCACACGCGGCACAGAGCGACCGUGAGAAGAUCGUGAUCCCCUUCUUCAGCCUCCUCCUCAAGGAUAUUUACUUCCUCAACGAGUCAAGUCCCAGCCUGCUGCCCAGCGGCCACCUCAACGUGGAGAAGCUGCAGGAGCUGACGCGGCAGGUACGCGAGUUCGUGACGUGGCGACGCGCGCGCUGCCCAUACCCCUCCGUGCCCAGCGUGCGGGACUACCUGCAGCACGCGCCCGUCUACCACAGCGAGGAGGCUCUGCAGGUGGCGUCGUACGAGAGCGAGAGCCCCGAGAACCAGACGGAGAAAGAGCGACUCAAAUCGCUCCGGUCCAUGCUGACGUAAAGACGCGAGGAUCUCACCGUCGGCUCGGGAGGAGCCGCUCGCAGCCACCCCGUGCCACCACUGCACCGCGUGCGUGCGUGCGUGUAAUUGUGUGUGUUUGUAGGGAGUGGUGGCGCAGUGGUUAAUGCGCACUGCUUGAUGGACCCAUCUACGACCCGAGUUCGAUUCCGCCCUCGCGGCCACCAACAUCGCUGAUGAAUAUCUGACCUGGUCCUGGGCCCUCCCCUAGUUGUUAACUCAGCCCUAUAUGAGAACCUGGUGCACCCAACCACCUCGUGUGCUGUGCCAAACUUCGUAGGUGCUUUCUAACAGCACUUGCCCCAACAGACUGUUGAAGUGUAUAUGGCGGGGGGAGGUUGGUGAACCUUUGUCUUUGUGUAUGAGCUCGUGUGCAUCGGGGGAGAGGCGGUCAAGUGGUUGGCACAGUGUGCUAUAAACCCAAAGGCCUCGGUUCGAUCCCAGGCCGUGCCAUAUAUCGGCGCCUGGCUUGUGCGACCCCCCCUCGGUCGACUUUGCCUACAAUUAUUCUGCCUGCAGCAGCGUUUCGACGUCGGCGGUGGGGGAGCCGAUGGCGGGUCAGGGUGCGUGUGUGUGUGUCGCGUGUAACGUGCCACGUCAGCCUUAAUGGGUGCUCACUAAUUGGGCAACCUACAAAAGAGUGUCCAGGCUUUGCAGGGGGGGGUCUCUGCAUUGCCGUGUGUGGGCGGGUGGGUGCAUGUGCCCGCGUAUGGGUGUGUGUGCGUGAGUGCGAGUUUUUGCGAGUGUGUGUGUACGGUAGUUGUGUGUGAAUGUGAUGGAUCCUACAGCCUGUUCAGCUAUGGGUGGGGGGGGGAUGUUUGCCUUUGGAUGUGUAAUGCUAUGCGCAUGAUUGCAUACGUUUGUAUGGGUGUGUAUGAGUGAGUGUUUAGGUGUAUAUGUUAUGUAUGGAUGUCUUUGUAUGUGUAUAUGAUUGUGUAUAGAUGCGAGUGUGCAAGUGUGUAUGAGUGCACGUUUGUUUGAUUGUGUGUUGGAGUGCGCGUGUUUUAUAUCGUGAGUAUGAGUGUGUAUAAGCGCGUGUUCGUAUAGGUGUGUGUGAGUGUGUAUAGGUGUGUGUGUGAGUGCGUGUGUUUGUGUAGGUGAGUGACUGUGUAUGAGUACGUUUGUGUAGGUAUGAGU